AUGAAGUUUUCUUCUGUCCUUUUCGCACUUUCAACUCUCACUUUAUCUACCGCCUUACCCGUCAUCCGAUCUCCUUCCAUUAGUUCAUUGGCUCAUCGUGAAGGAAACUCAACUUUGGCAUUAAUUGGCAAUUCCACAUCCUCAGCUUUAUCUGCAUCAUCAACAUCUUCUGAUACUAUAAAGCCAACCACGGCCAUUAACUUGGAGGAUCUUAACGAGGAUGUCACCACAACGAAAGCAACUUCUUCAAGCGAUAGCAGUCGCAAAAGCAAAGUUACAGCAGCACAAGUCAAGUCAGCAGUAUCCGGAUUCGCCAAUGAUGCCAACACUGUAUCAGCAGCCUUAAACAAACUUCCCAGUAUGACCGACAAAUCAGAUAUCGCCUCACUAGCCGGAAAAGCAUUCAAUGCAGAAUCCGAUGAGGAUUCUCAGAGAUCAGUUCUCCUUUCCGCAGCGGGUAGUGCAGGUUCUUCAGCAAACAGCAAAAUCGUCAAGAAUACUCCUGCGGUUCUCAAUGGCUUGAAGGCUAUAAUGAAAAACCCUUCAACGUCUUCUGUUAAAUCGAACGUGGCCACUAUUGAAUCUGCCAGAAAUCCAAAUAUUCUCCCUAGUAUCACAGAACUCUCAAAUGCAGCUUUAAGCGCGAUGAGUUUAUCUCAGACAGCGCAGAAGUUCCCAGCGACUGGAUCGAAAUAG